CCUGAGCAACAAUCGCGAUUUUUUUAUAUAAACGGUUCUAGUCCCAUCUAAGCCAGGCCCUAUCUCGUAGUGGUCCAGCGUGCAUUGCGAGCUGCGAUGCGCUGGUUAUCGAGAAGAAAGGCUGUGUUUUGAAAUUCGGGCAAGAAUAAGGCAAAAAUUCUCGUUCAGGAAGAAAAUUUUACCUACCCGACGGGCAAAAUCCCUGCAAUUUAUCCUCCUGGGAAAAGGACUAUUAAAUAUGGAUGGUUUAAGUUCAGAAUCAGGCAAUCGUCAUAUUAAUGACGAUCAAAGACAAGAAAAUAUCGAUGAUGAAAUAAAUGAAGAGAAAUUGAGCGAAAGUACUGUUCGUGUCGAGAUUGUUGAUGAAGAUGGUGCAGUCACUACAGCUAUUGAAGAGGGUCAGGUUGCCCAAGCUCAUCAUCGUGAUCCAUGUGGCAUUGUUGAAUCCAAUGAUAAUGAUGCAGAUGCCAUCUCUGUUCAUUCUGGUUUUCAGCACGAUGCAAGUUUAGAGCUCAUUCAGACAAGUAAUGUUGAUGGAGCACAUUUAUCGGAUCCUGAUGCAGGUCAAAACAAUAUGGAAGAAUUGCAGCACAACCAUGAUGGAGUCAAAAUGACAAGUACUUUGAUUACAGAAGCGAUAACAAAUCUUGUGUUCAGUGAAGCCGGCCAAUCAGGCACAGGAGAUAUGAUCUUUACCACUACACAAGAUGGAAGUCAGGAGUUAAUGACAGUUCGAGCUUCCAUUGACCAAGAAACGAUUCAAAAUAUUACCAUGGCUGAAGCAGGCACAUCCAGUGAAGGUGGCGAGAUGGUGUUCACUGUUGUUGCCGUUGAUAAUAAUAUAAACAGUCUGAUGGAAAUUGUACCUCACACUCUUUCAAAUAACGUCCAGUUGAGUUUGGUACAACCGCCUGUUGAUGGAAACGAGGAGGCUCACAUUCCUGCGAAUCAUUUCUCGAAUGUGCCACAGUUGACUGGGAAAAGUGUGGCGCAGGCACCCCAAACCAUCGAGUCGUCGAAUGUAUCGUCAAAAAAAACAUCCAGAGGCAGUAAGCAAGAUCAUGAAGGUUCCAAGAACGAGAAGAGUCGCGUCCUUUGUGAUAUCUGCAAACAAGAUUUCUCGGAUCUCCCUUCGAUGCGACGUCAUCGCAUGAUUCACUUUGAUGUUAAACCGUACAAGUGCGAGUUCUGCGAGAAGUCGUUCCGACGCAAAGACAACCUUCGCGAACACCGCAACAUUCACACGCAGGAGAAUCUGUACAAAUGCGAUCGUUGUGGUAAGGUUUUCCCGCGUAAAUACACGCACAAAGUGCACAUGGCCAGGCAUUGUGGACGAGAUGCUCAAAAUGCACAGCAAGAUGUCGGAAAUUGGAAUGGCGACGAUCAAGCGCCUAAAGCAAAACAGAACGUUGUGACGAAAAGCUCGGAACCUUGUCAAAUAUGUUUCAAGACAUUCCGCGAUGCUUCCACGCUCAAACGACAUAUGUUGACGCAUUCCGACCAUCGACCUUACAAGUGUCAAGAAUGCGACAAGGCGUUUCGACGCAAAGAUCAUCUAAACGAGCACGUCGUCGUUCACAAGAUGGUUCGACCAUUCUCGUGCCGCACCUGUGGCAAGUCCUUUUCAAGGAAAAACGGCCUGAAGACGCACAUGAUCCGCACGUCUCAUCUCCUAGGAUACAACGACGUGAUCACCCCGGUGGAGCCCAAAGAUCCGGAAGUUGAAACGGCCGACCAAGUAAUCGCCAGUGAUGAUUUGGUUGUGGAAACUUUCACACAGCAAGAUCCGGAAAUAAUAACGCCACAAGUACAACAUGUCGAGGCGACUUUGGAUGAGGCAAAUCAUCCCCCCGCAGAUUUGGUAGUUAACUCUUUUGAGUUGUCAGAAUCAACGCAAAAAGUAAAAGCGGCCGACUCUGAUUCUUUUAUCGUUUCAGAUGAAGUGAGUGCAGCUGCGGCUCCUUUCGGCGAGAACGAAAAUAAUACGUUCGUCGAGCAUCCGAAAAGUUGCCAAGAUGAGACGACCGUGGACAAAGGAACUUCGCAGAUCUCAACAGAACAAGUAGAAACAGAGGCAGAAUGCGAUAACUUAAAAGGACCCAAUAAUACUGUAAAAAAGAAGCGGAAAAGAUCGAACGUUUCCGAUAGAAACGAACAAAGUUGUAACGUUUGUAAUAAAGUGUUUCGUGAUGCAACCUCCCUGAAACGUCAUGCCCUCGUGCACAGCGGUGAGCGACCGCAUAAGUGUAAUUAUUGCGAGAAAAGGUUCCGUCGACGCGAUCAUCUCAAAUCCCACGAAACGUCUCACCACAGUGGUAUAACUGCACACAAAUGCACGACGUGUGACGCAACGUUCAACACGCGAUAUGCACUAACUGUUCACGUGAAGUGCUGUAAGAUUCGACAGGAAUCACCGUCCAAAGUAUCAUCUACGACUGAAGAGGUCAAAAUUACCGGAGCUCCAGAGUCUAAGGAAUGUCCCGUCUGCCACAAAGUGUUUAAAGAUCCUUCGACUCAGCGUCGACAUUUUCGGAUCCAUUCAAACGAGCGGCCUUUUCAAUGCGAGAUCUGUGCAAAGUGUUUUCGACGUAAAGACAAUCUUCGGGAACAUCAGCUCUGUCACUCGGACGAGAAACCGUUUUCUUGUACUGACUGCGGAAAGUCGUUAUCAAGACGAAGCUCUCUUACAAAUCACAUGAACGUUUGUCCGGCACGAAAAGUCGCCCUAGCUCCAACACUGACGAGCGAAGAAAACGCCAUGAUGCAGGGACUUCAGUUCAGCGAGGCAGCAGUACAAAGUAUUUGUGUCAACGGCGAUCCGCAAGAGAUUUCCGCCGCCCAUCUCCUAGCUACCGGUCUCACUACCGUCGUUACGCCUUCGGAUGUGAUGUCAUUUGAUGUGACGUCAUCUGGGGUAGCGUCAUCAAACGCCGAUGCACUACAGAACAAUAUAGAACAAGGAAUACAAGAGGAGAGUGACGGACAAGGUGAGAAUCCUUAUACAUGUAAUGAAUGUGGUAAGGUAUUUCGUACCAAAUGGACGCUAAAAUUUCAUCAACGUGUUCACACAGGGGAAAAGCCGCACGCAUGUACCACGUGCGAACGACAGUUCCGACAGACGAGCCAUCUGAAGGUACACGAGCGUACUCAUUCCGGCGAACGACCGUUUCAUUGUCACUUCUGUGACCGUGCUUUUAUUGAUUCAUCCACAAUGAAACGUCAUGAACGUCUGCACAACGAACCUUCGCAGACGGAUGCUGUCAUCGCUAACGAUAAUGAUGUCAUGCAGAGUGAUGUCGUUCGUACCACAAACAAUGAUAACAUGUGUCAUGGUGACGUCAUGUCUCAUGAGACCGUGGCCUUACCUGAUGUUUCCGCCGACAAUGGCCAUAGUUUGAUCGUGAAACAAGCUCAUAUAGUCCGGCAUGAUGACGAAGUCUGUGUUAGUGACGAAAGCGCAGCAAUACAAUUACUGGUAACGACAACUAACGAGCUUGGAACGAGUGAUUCCUCGCAACCAAUCAGCACCAGCGUUGUUGUCGGAUUGAGUAAAACGGGAACGAACCUAGACGAAAAUAAUCUUGGGCAAAUAUUACGCGAGUGUAUACGUAAUCAAGAGGUGGCGGAGAAGAUCCGUUGGCAACAGAAUCAUCCAAACGAAACUGUUGAACAAUUAAUAUACAUCCGGACUGAAACACCUACUGAAUCUGAAUAAGAGUGGAGGCAGGCCAAUACUACUAGAACACACUUUCAAGGUGGUACUUAAUGUCUUCGUGUUUAGUAAUAUGCAAUUUUACCAGUUUGCCUUCGAAAUAUUACAACGGGUGCGAGUUCUAGAUAUCAAGUGUAAUUGCUGUCCAAUGACGUCAUUCACGAUAUGAACAAUAAACGUGUUCACCACAAGUAUUUGAAUGUUACCUAAAACAUUCUCGCAAUUGCUCGCUUACAAUAACUCGCUCGUUUUCCUAUAACGACGGCAUUAUCGAUAAAAACUACUCGAUUAAAUGAAACAGACACAAAUGUUAAUUUAACGUUUUAAUUGAUUUGCGUGUUUUACCUAGCGUCAUCGUGAGAUAUUAACCUACACGCGUUGUAUACGAUCAACCACGCAAUAAAACUUCUGUAUCUGUGGCAGAUCUAGGGUACGUCAAAAUAAAUUGGCGUACGAAGCAAGUUUUUUGAUGUAUUUAAAUCUCCAAUAUAGAGCCAAAUUAAUUGGUAAACUUUUCUUUGUUAGAAGUUCAAACCCAAUAGUUUUGUUCUGCGGAUAUUUUGAAUUUAAAAUCGAGCGUCUGUAGUUUAUUUCGACUAACGCUAGAUCGACCACAGGUCUGCAUGAUUUGCUGUAACUUUUGUCCGUGCAGUAAGCAAUUUGUUAAUACGGAGGAGCGAAGAAAUGCGAGUCUCAGGUCCCGUUUACCCUAUACCGGAUUGUUAUAGUAGCAGGUUGAAUAUUCUUUGUGUUAAAAGGCAAUGAAAUUGUUCAACGUCAGAAACACAUUCAAAUAGAAUAAAUCUAUCAGCUUAAUAGCUUUUACUCCGAACAGUCACACCUUUAAAGCAAAUGAAGAUGUCGUGAUGAGCGAAUCCGGUAUGGUGUAAACGCAGCCUCAAAUUCCAGUGCUCUUCCAUCAAACGUAAAAUAUCGUUUUGCCCCGAUUUCGAAUUCUAUAAUAAUAAUAAAAAUCAUCUCGUUGAUUGA